CUCUCAGUUUUUUCUGUCGCAAACACAGUCACCUGAACGGAACAGUCCCACUCAUGCCAUGCAAAACACUGACAACUGUGCAUGAAAUGGGACGACACCUGCAUCCAAAGUCUAGACGAAUGUGUAUAUACAAACAUCGUUUUGUUUCGUAAUUCAUUCCCCUGAUUUUUAUUUGUCACGGCAUUCUGCUCUGAAUCUAAAAUUCUGAAUCCUCAUCCAUGGCUUCCGGCUCCGACGUCUCAAGCGUCAAAACGUUGGCCGAAUUAAACGGCGUCGCUCCCAUCCCUCCUUGCUCCCACACUCUCACUGAUCAUGAAGGUCGCGACGACAUGGCCGAUGAGCUGUCUGCUUUCAUCCCCGUCAUCGACUUCUCCCUCCUCUCCUCCCCCGAUCGUCACAUCCACGCCGCCGCCGCUCGCCAACUCGGCCAUGCAUGUCAACAUUGGGGCUUCUUCAUGAUCAUUAAUCAUGGGAUUUCAGAGAAUUUAAUACAAGAUGUUCUGAGCAAGCCUAUCGAAUUUCAUAAUUUACCUCUGGAGGAAAAGAAGAAAUGUUCAUCUAAUUCUAAUGGUGACCUCCGGCUGCUUCUAACCAUCAAGUAUGGCACUAGUGCCAUUUCUCGAGGAACAGGGGAGAAUGUUCGUUACUGGAUUGAUAAUCUAAAAGCUUUCAAUUUUCCCGACCAAUUCAAUUUUCCCCAAACACCACCUGGUUUCAAAGAGCUUGCACUGGAGUACAGCAAUGCAAUCAGAGGCGUGUCAAGGACUUUGCUUCAGGGGAUAUCAGAGAGUUUAGGAUUAAAACCUGACGCCAUUAUUGAGUACGCAGGUUCUGACAAUGGGUACCAGAAACUUCAACUGAACCUUUACCCUCCAUGUCCGGAACCUGACCUUGUUCUGGGGCUACCUCCUCAUACUGACAAUGGCUUCUUGAACUUCCUCCUUCAAACUGGAAUCAGAGGCCUUCAGUUGAAGCACAACGGCAAAUGGGUGAAUGCCAAUCCUCUUCCUAAUUCCUUAAUGGUCAACACUGGCGAUCAACUUGAGGUAGUGAGUAAUGGGAGGUAUAAGAGCGUAUGGCAUCGAGCUGUUGUGAAUGAGAAAGAGACGAGAGUGAGUGUAGUCGCAGUGAAUGGACCAGAAGUGGAUAAAGAGAUGGGGUCCUGCGCCAUGGCUAUUGCAGAAGGAGAAGCCCUUGUUCAAGAGCAUCACGUACAAGGAUUACUUUCGACUUCAACGUAA